AUGAUAGACAGUAGAUCCUCGUCGUACUUGGAAGAAAUGUUGCAAGAAUAUGGAUUUCGCAGCCGGUUACUCACAUUGUCAGAGCAGGAUCUUCCUGUUCUCGCAGAAUGCCAACUUCAAGGAGAGGCUCAACUCGUCGCUAUUACAAAACUCAUCUCCAAUUCUGAUGAUUCCGGGAAACCACAAGGAAGCCGACUCGAAGUGGAACCAUGUACAAGUCAGCAAGAGCAAGGUUCCAAGAUUGUGGACCUCGGUCAGAUUACAACUAUAUGGUCGCCCGAAGUUAGUCCCAACGACUUCUCAUCUUCAGGCGACAGAAUGCCAUUUUUUUCGGAUAAAGUGGAUCGAAUAUUGGACAAGUUGUACAGAGCCCGUGUUGGUCGAGCUCGAGGUAGCAUGGGUAGAAAACAAUUGACAAAGAAGCAACUUCCAAGACUGGUGGAAUACGCACCAUUAGAAGAACAGGCAUCUGUCGACACGGUUCUUCGUCAAGUGCUCAAGGCUGGAACUGGAUUUGCCCGUAUGGUAGACUCGGAAGUCGUUCGCGACCUUUUGUUUCCUUCAAAUGAAAAUCAAGCUACAAAGCAGCAGAAAAUCAAACAGCAAAUGGUUGCGUCUACAGCCCUGGCCAACGAUGCCAAAUCGGGAGGGCGUUUCAAACGUUUUGGUUGUCUGCCUGUUGCGCAUCACGAUGGCGUACUAACAGUGAUCAAUGGUGGCUGGGUAGUUCUGGAUCAAGCGGUGCGUGCCACUUCAGAGGGCCGCAAGUUUGCCGAGCGGGCUGGUUCCACCACGACAUUGGCGGACGGCCGUAUCAUUACUCGUCUGGAAUGCUUGGCGAUGGGUGGGGAUGACCAAAACUCAUGGGGAGAACUGCAAGUGGAUGUGAGAGAAUCCUUACGAGCCAUGAACUUACCAAUGACACCAGAGGGAGCCAAACAGGCAUUGAUUCAAGUUGGCCAUUGGACAGAAUCGUCAUCGCCCACCAAACAACGCUUUGAUCCCUGGCCCAAAGCUGUUUUGGAAGCGGCAGACUGGUACUGCAAAAUGAAUGAGAAAAGAAGAGACUAUUUGAUACGAGGUGAGGUUCCAGGUGACGAGGGUCGAACGGAUCUGACGAAACUUCCAUGUAUCUGCAUGGAUGCUUCCAGCACCACCUUUCGAGACGACGCAAUUGGGAUUCGACCACGAGCGCCAACUGGUCGGCGUGUGACCGACGCAUCCAAGUGGGAAAUCUUGCUGCACAUUGCCGAUGUUUCAGACUUAUACGCACCAGAGGCACAUGUCAAUCGAGAGGGAAAACCAGCAGAGUAUCUGAAAACUCUUCGUGAAGCCGCGCAUAGCCGAGGCACUAGCCGAUACGAUCUUCCACUGGGACCUUUGCACUUGUUGCCGCCAACGGUGUUGCAUGCCUUGGCAUUGGAUACCAACAAUAUUGACAUGACAAAUCAAACACCAGCACAAUUGGACCGUGGCAUCAAUCGAUGUGUCACCCUCUGGGUAUACAUUGAUGAGAAAACAGGAAAGAUGCUCGACACAGGAUUGGAGCGUACAUUGAUUUCGAAGCCCUUGGCGCUAUCAUACAAGGCCGCAACAGCUCUUUUGGACGGAACUGUGACGAAAGAAGAUCCUGCCCUUGAAAAGGCGAAAGCUCUCAUUGCUGUAGCCGAACGUAAUUUGUGUCGCUGGAGCGCUUUCCAACGGACAAAGAGCAAGGCUGCACGAGCAAAAGAAGAGCGUCUCUUGGGAAGGGAAACGGUGGACAGAGAGAUUAACGGGGACAGUCGCUUUGAACGCACUCGAAGUCAUCGAAUAGUGGACUCUGCAUUGGACCUUUAUGGUUUCGCUAUGAAUGGCCUUCUCUUUCGGGCAGACGCCCCAGUUCCUCGAGUUGCUGGAAGCGGUAUGGAUAGACUAGGCCGAGUCGCGUCUGCUCCACUGAGGCGAUACAUCGAUGGCGUAGCACAACGACAAGCCCUUGCGGUGCUUUGUGGAUAUGGUGGGAAACCUUUGACGAGAAAGGAAGCGAUUUAUGAAAGCAAGUCAGCCACGGCAGCCAUCAAUGCAGUGUCCAACAUAAAGGCAUCGAAAAGUGGUAUUGGAAGCAAAGGCAACACGCUUCAAGUGCUUCAAUCCCUCAGUAUGUACAUCAAGGACAACGACGGUCCUGUUCCAGCCAUAAGUACUGGGAAAGGAAAUGAAGUUGUCAUCUUGGGCACAGGCGCAACUGCCUCGUGUCAAGGCAUUCAGGGGUCUAUAGGUCCCGGAAACGAAAUACUGGUGGAAGUCCAGUCAAUCGACGAGAGAAGCGGUGAAGUUUACGCUGUUACUAGAUGA